CCUUCCCUCCUGGCCCGUGACUCACCGGCUAUUAGUGCAAACGCCUGCCAAGCCAGCUUCCUGUCGUCAUCCUACACUGCACAACUCAUUUUUCAACCACCAGCAAUCAUGCUCAUCACUGGCCCCAGCAAGUUAAUACGAGGCCCGGCCGCCCCAUCGCUAGGACCAUAUAUUUUUCACCCGUGAAACCCGCCGGCGGACACACCAUGGCGGCUCUAAACACACUCCCAAAUGAGAUCCUCUCGCUAAUCACGAGACAUCUUGACCAUCCCAAAGAUGUCCUCAAUCUCUCGCUAGUAUGUCGCCGUCUGGGCAACUUUGCAAAGCUCGACGGAUGGAAAGCCUUGCUCAAAGGCCGAUUUGGUUUUGGCGGCCUCGACUCAGAUGCUCGUGUCGCCGUCCAUGGCCUCACAACACUAUAUCGCAACUGGAACCGCAAAGGCUUCAUCGCAGCAUACUUGGAGCCCACACAAAAUACAACGAGCCUCAAUACCUGGCGGCCUGAGAGGUGGAGACCCCCACAGGGGCAAACUAUGGGCUAUCAGCCCAGCAUCGACAGCUAUGAAGAGAUGUACGGUGGGUGGGGAGAGCGACGAGAAGUACUGGCAUGGUCGGCGGGCACGCAAAUCAUUUUGAGGACAAAAGAAACUGGUGCAAACGUAGAGAAAAUCAGGCAACGCGAACAGGAUCUAGAAGAAGCGCGUGACCAGACGUGGGCUUACGACUCCUUCAAGCACCUAAACACGUGGUUCACGUAUAGAAUCCCCGACAGUUUUGAAGGUCGCGAUGAUAUCACCCGACUGAAGCUGUUCCGGCCGCAUCAGCGGAAUUUGGCUUGCGAAGACAUGGUCUUCGGGACUGCAUCGGGCGAACUGUCGCUGCUCAGUGUUAACCCUGGUAUAGGAGAGACACUAGUACAGCAGUACGAAACUGGCCGCAGAGGGGUAAAUGGUCUUUCGGUAUCUUCUUCAAGCGUACCCAUGGUGGCCGCUGCGCUCGCAGACUCGUCGUUAGCGUUGUAUGCUGUAGAUCGCGAUCACACGUCGCAUGAAAAGAUCAAACCCGCCUCCGAAGUCAAGACGACAUCGGCAGGCACAGACUUUGGCGGGCUAUGGUCUUGCGAGUUUCUGUCUCACGACAAGAUUGCCGUAGCCCGGAAAGCACACAUAGAACCAAUCGAGGUAUAUCAUAUUGGCCCUGGUGGCCUCAUGCCUGUGCCCCUUCGCAGCUUUAGUAUUGUCACCGACAAUGCAGCCACUUCGCGCCCUAUGUCAGUUUACUCAAUACUGCCCACACCAAGCACACCACACGGUGGCUCAGACGGAGGCAACACAUUCCUCUCCGGCGGCUACGAUGGCCUCAUCCGCCUGCACGACCUGCGCUCCCCCCGCGGUUUCGAGCAGAUAUACAGAGAUCCAACCGAUACCUCCCCAAUCUACUCGCUCGCCGCCCAGGGCACACAACGCAUCGCAGCAGGCGUAGCCGUCCACAGCCUAAUCAAAGUCUUCGACCUCCGCCUCUCCGGCUCCCGCACCUACACCACCAUCCCCUUAUCCACCCCUCCAAAAAAGCCAUCCAAGCCCCGGGUCUCCCCCAUCGCCAACGACACCAAAGCCUCCGUAAAGACAAUAUCAGAAGGAUGGAAUUUAUACCUCCACCCUCGUGACCCCCCACCCCCCACCGCCUACCGCCACAACUUCUCAUCCCUCCGCCAAGAAUCCCCCGUCUACACCCUGUCCAUUCCCUCACCCACAUCCCCAAGCCUCUACGCAGGCACCGAAGGCGCAGUCCACAGCCUGACCUUCCACGGCAUCGCAGAUCCCCACCCAGACCCCCUGCUCGCCCAGUCGCUCGUCCGGUUCCGCGACUCGGGCAUCAUUGAUCCCCGCGCGUCGUACAAUGCGACGGGCACGGCGCUCGUGCUGGGCAUGUACGAGCAGGGUACUGAUGAGUGUAUUGGAAUGGAGUUGAUGGUGCAGGAUGGGGUUACGGCGAGGGCGGUGAGGAGGAGGGAGGAGGUGGCAGAGAGGGCGGUGGAUGAGCGGUGGAUUGAUUUGAGGGAGCGUGAGGAGAGGUGGGUUAGGGGCGAGGUGGUGCCUAGGGGGCAGCAGACACGGGUGCCAGGUCAGAGACGGGAGAGGGGAGGAAGGGGGAGAGGGAGAGGGAGAGGAAGGGGUGGGUAGAGAGAGAGAGAGAGAGAGAGAGAGAGAGAGAGAGAGAGAGAGAGGAGUGUUGGGGUUAUUUAUAUUCCUUGGCAUUAUUGAGUAGUUG